UCACACUGAUGCAAAAAAAGUUUUGUAAAUAUUAACGCGAAUUUGCACGAAAAACCACUAAAAAUAUUAGAAAAUGAGGCAUUAAAGUGCGAAUCAACCUAACCAUAUGGUUUUAACUGAAGCACAGGUAGCACCAGCACGUUUUUUGGCCAGCAAGUGGCAUACAAGGACGAAGGGGCAUUAGAUUACGUGCUGCUGUCGUGGUGUAAAAAAAAAAACCUUAAUUGUAAUUGCCCAAGGUGCCAAAAUAGCUCUCUUUGCGAGUGUUGUCAGUGUAGUUGUAGUGGCGCGCAGAAAAUGGAGCAGUGCAGAAAAGAAACAGCAAGACGAUGAGCAGAAGGCAGCAACCAAGACGAUGACGACGACGACGACGACGCCAGCAACGAACAAAUACCAAUUCAUCAGCUUUUAAUUAUUUACGAGAAUACUCACACACAACCACACGCAUAGCCUAUCCGGACAAAAGCACAAAACUGCGAUAAUAUACUUACAAAUACAUGCCAAAUUGAAGCGCACACACAGAGGCACAAACGAGCGAGGCAGUUAUCAGUAGACGAAACCAAACCAAACCAACAAUCUCUGUGCUGUAGAAUAAACCGAAAUGAGCUGGCUGCGGUCUAGUCCGCUGCGUCAGAGCGGCAACGGGGGCGGUGUCUCAACGGGCCACUCUGCCACGGGCAGCCUACGCCAGAGACCCAUAGAUGCGGCCACCGACUGUGAUCCGCGCGCCUGCUACGACAGCUUCUGCAAGCACUGGCAGCAGGCCUACGACAUCAUCCAGCACUACGCCCCGCCCAGCCAUGACGAUGUCCUGGGGGUGGUCUCGCAUCUCGACUAUAUGGUCACGCUGCUGCUGGUGGAGCUGCAUCAUUGCAACAAAGUGUCUUUACCCUCGACGGACGCGAGUGCUGCGCCAGCAGCUCCCUGCCUGGAGUACCUGCUCAGCGAGAAUCUGUUGGACAAGCUGUACGAAUGGGCCUGCACAACGGGCCGCUACGCCAAUGCGGUGAGGCUAGAGCAGCUGAAGCUGUACGAGCUGCUCGUCAGUCAUUCGCGGCAUCAGUUGCUCUGCCAUGAGCCCUUCCUGAGGCCACUGCUCAAGAUACUGGCCUCCAGUCAGGGUGAGAUCUUUCCGCCCGAUCUGGAGAAGCGACUGGUCAUCUUGCUGAACCAGCUGUGCGUCGUACUCAUGCAGAAUGUCCAUCUGCUGGAUCUGUUCUUCUUUUCCGCGCAGACGCAAGUCCAGGAACAGAUACAAAAUGGCAACGUGCCGCCCCCCAAAAGUGGCACCACCACCAAUUUUAUCAUUUUCUCGCUGCUCAUCCCGUAUGUGCAUCGGGAGGGAAGUCUCGGCCAUCAGGCACGCGAUGCUCUGCUCCUUUGCAUGGCCCUCUCGCAAAAGAACUCCAACAUUGGCACCUACAUAGCACAAUACUCAUCCAUCUGUCCGCUGCUGGUGACCGGACUGGGCGGUCUCUAUUCCCGGCUGCCCAACAGCAUUGAGAUCAGUUCAAUCGACUGGCAUCGGAUAACGCCGGAUGACGUGACGGAGAUACCGGAGCUCACAUUGUUCAUGAAUGCCCUCGAGUUUUGCAAUGCUGUGGUGCAGGUGGCCCACGAGAUGAUCAAGCAACAGCUGCUGGACUUUAUGUACCAGGGAUUCAUUGUGCCUGUGCUGGGGCCAGCCGUCCUACAGACACUGAAGGGCAAACAUUUUCAGACGAACAUCGACUCACAAAUCUCGGCCAUGUCGUAUCUGGAUCUAAUACUGCGCUCCAUUACGGAGCCCGGUCUGCUGCGUGCCUUUGUCAAAUUCCUGCUGGACACGGAGAAGUUCGAUGGCGAACGGAUACUAGAUUCGUUGGUCGAGCGCCUCAACUCGCCAGAUGCCAAUCUCUGCAUGGUGACGAUGGCCCUGUUCGACACGCUGCUGGGCCUCCACUGCGAGGAUCUGAUGCUGGAACUUUUGCUCAAAUUCAUGCUGCCGGGCAAGCAUGUGCCCAUCUCGCACCGUCACAAGAUCAACAAGAUCGAUCCGUAUCUGAAUAGCAGCGAUUUCUUUCUGGAACUCUCACCGGACGUCUUGAAGCGUGCCCGCGACCUGGCCAGGCCGAAGAGCGUCCACGAGCAGCAGCCACCGUCUGGAGCAGCUGGGGAGCAGUCGCUGCAGCCAGUGGCAUGGCCCAGCCUGCCCUCGCCAGCCAUGAGCAAGACAAUUGGAGCCAACUGGAACUACUAUGGCCUCCACACCGGCGACAGUUUGUAUGCCAACCUGCAGGCAUAUCUGUUCGAGGCUCACUGGCGGAUAGCCCAGUGCCAGCGUGAUUGUCUCAAGUGGGCGAACAGCUAUCGCUAUCAGAAAUGGCCCCGCCACGGACAGGGCCGUGUCCAUGCGCAUGCCCUGGAGCUUGCCAGGCAGUUCUUCAGCGAAUUUGGAGGUGGCCCACCUUUAGCCUUAGCUAGCGAAUCGGCGGGGGAGAAACAGCUGGACAGUCUGCAGUCGAUUGGCGAGUCCAGUGGCUAUGAAUCAUUCAAGUGGCGGCCUGCCGACGAGGAGAGCGAUGCCACCGACCUCACUGUGACAACAACCACAACCACAACAGCAAGUGAGGCGGAUCUCGAGCACAAUAGCAGCAGCAUCAGCAGCGGAAUGGGUGGAGCGGCGGCAGGCAGACGGGGAGAAUCUUGGCGCAUAUCGCACAACAAUCGCAACGAGCUGCUGAUUACAGAUUUGGAUUUCUCAGAGGAUUUGUUUGCGCAGGGCACCGUGAGCUUAGGUCCCUUUCUCAAUGCCAUCUGGGGAAAACUACAAACCUUUACAAGCAACUCUUUGUAUGUGAAUUUACACCUGACUGGGCUGAUCACACGCCUGGCCUGGUAUCCGCUGCCGCUGAUCCACUCGCUGCUGCUGCGCUCUGACAUAGCCAUCACCUCGGACACCCCCUCCUUCCAUCAGGUGUUGCGUAUUCUCAAGCAGCAAAUCGAUGCCGAGCUGCCAGUGACCGAGGAUUCGCUGGAGAUAAUCGAUGUAGCACGCUCGUCGCUGAUUGAUCGUGAAUUUCGACUGGUGAAUGCCCGCAAGGGUAACGAGAACUCUCCCCUGCAUCAUCAUCAUCAUCAUCAGCAGCCGCAAACGACGUCCUCCCAGCAGCAACAGCAAGGACAACAGCGUUCUGCCUAUGCGACACUGUCGGCAGCCACACCUGUACAGGCCACACCAACCAGCGCCUACGAUCCGUUCAAGCGAAGUGAUAACAAACGGCAGAGCAUCAGUAAAUCGAUCAGCAGCAUGUUUAGCAGAAGAUCCACACCAAAUCCCCCCUCCUCUGCCGCUUCAUCUGGCUUAUCACAAAUUUACGCAUUCUUCACCGGAGCUGCCUCAACGCUGGCGGGGAAUAACAACAAUUCCGGAUCUGGUGGCCAAUCGCAGGCAUUCCCUGGCCCAGGCACCUGUGAGACCAGCCUGAGCACUCACCCGCAAUCGGGAGCAGCAGGAGCACGAGCAACGGGCACAGCGACGACAGCUAAUGGAAACAGCAACAUCAGCAUUGGGGGAUCGACGCAAACUCUCUCUGCCCACUCCAACACCACGACGCAUUCGUCGAGCACAUUGCAUGGCCUCGAUGGUGGUCCACAGACGGGCAGCUUCAACUCGGAGCCCGCUUCCCUCGAUUCGGUGUCCUCCAUGGGAAUUAUUGCCAGCACAAGCGGCACGGAGCGCACCAGAGACGUCGCCCUGUGCGCUGUCCUGCUGGAUGAGUGGCUCAAAGAGCUGGCGGCAAUUGCGCAGGAGCAGAGCGUUGUGCUGGUCACCGAACAACUGCUUUGACAUUACCGCAGAGGACCCUUAUGAUCGGAUACACAUGAGACGAAUGUACACAAUAUUUUACGGAUUUGUUGGCCUUUAUUUAUUUUAAUCGUUUACUUUUACGAAACUAUUAAUUUUCAUCUGUUAAAUUAUCGAUAUGAUAUUGUUUUUAUCCUAAAUAUGUAUGUAUAUUUUAAACGAACCCAAUUUUUAACGAACAAUGCCGCAGUUUUUAACACAUUUACACACAGAUAAAUGAUGAUGCACACUUAUGUAGACGCGUUAACCAGAUAUGAUUAGGAUUAAAGUUGUAAACUCCCGAAUAGGACGGUGGAUUCUUAAGUGUUCAGAUGUAAACGUUUAUUCUAAUUAAUAUUAACAUGCAAUAUAUACAACCUUUAUAGAGAGAAUUAAUUAUAUACUACACAUACCAUGUACACACACACAUACAUAUGUAUUUUUGCAAUAUAUUUUAUGCUUUUACUAUGUACAUACAUACAUAUAUAACAUAUGGCAUGCAUACAUACAAAUGCGAGAUCAAAAAGCUUACCUUUUAGAGCGAACUUAAAAGUAUUAAAUCGGUCCAAGUUAAUGAACAUACCACACAUACAUACAUGAUAUGAUCCAUAUACUUUUACAUUUGAGCAACAUAAAUAGUAUAUGGCAAUUAAA